ACGAUGAAAACAAGAAAUGGACCAAGACGAAAGACCAGAGAGAUUAUUUAGUUUAUUAGCAAGAGAGAUCAAAUCUUUAGCUUUAAACAAUAUUCAGUAUUUUCAAAAUGGCAAGCAAAGUUACCACGCUAAAUUUCAUGUUGCAUUUAGCUUGCUUCGUGAAUAUAUGGACGUUGGUAUCGAGCCGAGUUACCUAGAAUUAUGUAAACAUUUGCACAACAACAAAUACGAUUUCUCAGACGAUGUGAAAGGAAAUGGUUACCGUAGUUUAUUGAAAGUGGUCAGCAAGUGUUGCGUGCAUUUACUUCACUUAUGUAAAUAUAUUUCAUCAGUGAGAGACUCAAUUUUGUUUAGGAAAAGGUUCUAUUCUAAAGAACUUGAGAGCUAUGUGUCUACUCUUGGUCAGUUACGAGCUGUACUGUACUAUGCUUUAAAACUGAUCAAUUAUUGCCAUGAUGGUGAGCUGUUUGCUGAUGAGGAUAAGCUAAAUACUGAGGUUGCAGACCAACUGGUCAUUGAUGUGGAGAGUCUUUGUCAAGAGUCAUUUUAUGGAAGAUGUCUGGGAUUCCAGUUCUGUGAAUCAAUGCAGCGCCCCAUGCAUGCAAUGGCUAUAGCCAUGGCAUCCUACUCUGAAGGCUACCUUGAAACAUCACAGAUGAUGCAGGUGGCGACAUCUGUGUUUAACAGUGGCAAGUACAUCCUUGACCCUGAGCUUAGAGCCCAACAGGUUGUAAAAGUAACUAGAACAGCAGAUAUAAAGUUUUGCAAAGCAUUCUGGGGAUUCACUGAGUCAAGCAUUAUGCAACAACUACCUCUGUUUGUCUGUCCAUCUGUGGAUGUGAAUGAGAUAAUAACUUUGGGACCAGAUGCUUUUGAGCUGGCCCUGACUGACAGCAGUGACACAGUUCUCAUCACCCCACCCUGUGCUCACACAGGGCCUGGGCAUGUACACACCAGACUCAUCUCAGCACGUCUCAGAGAUGGACAGCAAACUUUUAAAAAAUCUGGCAAAUCUAAAACAGAAGCAGCUGCCAAAUCUACUGGGCUAAUACUUCACAUUCAUGGUGGUGGAUUUGUUGCUCAGUCAUCUAGGUCACAUGAGGUCUACCUCAGAGACUGGGCAGUGACAGUUGAUGUCCCUAUAUUAUCAGUGGACUACUCAUUGGCACCAGAGUUUCCCUUCCCUCGAGCCCUAGAGGAAUGUUUUUAUGCUUAUGCGUGGGCCGUACAAAACUGUGAGCAGCUAGGAUCAACAGGUGAAAAAAUUGUGGUUGUGGGCGACAGCGCCGGUGGGAACCUGGCCAUAUCCACAGCCAUGAGAGCGGCCUCCUUCGGCAUCAGGACGCCUGAUGGGGUGAUCUGUGUGUACCCGUGCACUGUGGUCAGGUACACGCCGUCCCCUGCCAGGCUGCUGAGCUUGUUGGACCCUGUGCUACCUGUUGGGUUAGUUACUCGCUGUUUGGCAGCCUAUGCUGGUAUCAACGAGGAACAUCCCCUGUCCACACCAAAAACAGAAGAUGUCCAUUCUGAAGAGAGCCUAACUUGCCUCAAGCUUGGCUCAUACGAGUCUUCGGACAAAGAGUGGGUGAUAAUUGCGCAAGGUCAGGACGGUGUGUCUACGUGUAACGCUGGAGCUGAGAUGCCACCUGGAGGUGCUGACAAGACAAACAACGACGAGAUGUUUUCUCAGCUGUUGCACAAUGGAAGUUGUGUCUUCCCAUCAGGUGUGAGUGAUGGUUCUUGUGGUGGGCAACAAGCUGGUAUGAAGGAAGCUCAGUGUGCAUCACCCCUGGAAAUUCCUGCCAUUCAGGAACAAUCCAGCCUGGCCUCUUGUAAGAUAUCAAACAAAGAAGCAGCUGCGAUGGCUAUUGGUCGGUUUCAAGAAAGAGCUAAAGUAAUGAUGGAAGGCGCUCACAACUUUUUUUCAUCUUUCAUCCCGAGCGGCAGCGAUAAAUCGGUUCAGAGUUCGCUGGCGUCAUUUCUACAUCCAAAAGUUAGCUCUCAGCCAGUUUCAGACUCUGUUGAUUUGUCCUCUGCGUCGUUAAACGUCAGCACACAAACUCUCAAUGCCAGUCAGCAGGACGACCCAACAAUCUCGUGCAAUGAUGAAGACGAUGCGGUUUUCAAUACUAAAGGUUCCUUACAGUUAGUUCUGAUUAAAAACGUCCCUGUUUCUCCUGACGCUUGUUUCCCCGCCGGUGAUUUGUUGUCACCCAUGUCAGACUUGACGUCAUCGUCACAGUUUGACUCUUCCCAAGCUUUUGAUACAGCUCUGUCAUCACCGUACUCACCAACUGGACCCAAUGAGCCUUCAGGUAUGAUUAUGGACAUUGACGAAACCAAAGAAGCCCAAAGCCCACAACUAUUAGAAAAUGAUUCUGUGAUCUCGUGGGAUAAGACAGGGGAAUCACCAUCUCAGGAAGUCCCAGAGACCAAAACAGUGACUUCUUGUGAAGAAUUAGCACCAAAACUAUCACAAGAGGUGAAUUUAGAACCUUUAGACCAUAGAGAAAUUGAAGAUAUGGAAGUGACGACUUCCGAUCCAACUACAGAACCACAGUGUCAGGAUAUACGUAACAAUGUGCCAGCAGUUAAAACCACAGAACCACUGAUAGACAUAAAUUUAGAGGAUACAGAUAUGAUACCAUCUUGUAAAACUACUGAACCAAUGUUAGAUUUUAAUUUAGAGGUAACAGAUCCAAUACAAAGUUAUAAAACUACAGAAACUACAGAUAUAAAUUUAGAGGAUGCAGAAUUGAAACCCAGUAGUAAAACAACAGAACCACUGAUAGACAUACAGCUAGACGAUCCUGAUCGGAGACAAUCUUGUAAACCUACAGAACCAAUGCUUCAGGAAACACUACCGGCAGAGGGUGUUGCAGAUGAUCAUUGUAACGUGGGGGCAUUCUUGUGUCACGAAGACCAUUCAAGUGGUUCGGGAUCACCUGACAUUCUAUCUGACCUCCCAGACGAAAGCAAACUGCUCUUAGCCGAUGCCAUCAGUGACAUGUAUGCAGAUCAGGACCCUAAUAGCGCACCCAACCCGUCAAACGAGAACCAGCCCAAGGUACCAACGACGUUAAAUUUAAGUAAAAGUUCCAUGCUGUCUGGCAGUUGUACAUCAAUAUCAGUGGCCUCUGAGAGGAACUCACCCACCCCAAUGUGCAGCUUAUCCUCUAGCAGCAAGACUGGUUUUGUGCGCAGUGAGUCUGCACCAGUGCUAACCGGUGGUGAUGUGUCCGCACCUUUUUCCACAUCUGUCUCUGCGCAUGGAUUUCCGCACACACCAAAGAUUUCCAUGUCACCGACAGAUUUUGGCAAGAUAUCGUUUACAUGCUACAGUCCACUUCAUAAACUAAGGCGUGCUGCGGUGGUGAAGAAUCCAUACAUGUCUCCAUUGUUGGCACCUGAUGACCUUUUACAAGGCUUGACCAAAGUCUGUAUCGUGGCAUGCCACUUGGACCCACUACUUGAUGACUCUGUCAGUUUUGCCAAGCGGCUGAAAGCGCUGAAUGUCCCUGUGGAGCUCCAUCUCAUCGACGACCUACCUCACGGCUUUCUCAACUUUGCCUUGCUAAGUUUCGAGGCCAAGAAAGCUUCUGAAUUCUGUAGCAAAAAAAUUGCCGACUUUCUGCAGUCAACUGGUGUGUAAAGAGAUGGUAUUGUGAUCUGCCAGUAGGUCAAGUCUUUCAGCAUUCUUUGCAAUCUGUAUUGUGACCAUGCUCCACAACAGUAUUUAUUGUAUUACGGUAUUUAUUUGAUUUUUUAGAAUUAAGAUUUUAAAAGUUUUAUAUUAUUAAAAAUAAUUCUACAUUUAAUUUUAUUGAUGCAGGAAAAAAACCCAUUGAAAUGAAUGAUUUUUAAAAUUGCGAAUUUCCUAUUGUCAAAAACAGUAGGUCUUUUUACAUAUUUUGUCAGUUGCCUUCAGAUUUUAAUAUUUCCUAUCCGAAAAAUACUUGCUAAAGUGUUGAGGAGUGAUUGUGGAGUUUGCAAUAAAGUUAUACAAAUGGUAUAUUCUUAUAUCUUACAACUGUGAUGCUUAUUUAUACAAUCUGUACUUAAGUUUUUCAACUCUUCUUUCUUAUAUGGUUUUCUUAUUCAUCAUCACUUUAGAAGCAAGGUACCAAACCUAAGCCACUUGAUAAACACUAAUGUUAAUGGGUAAAAGCAAUAUCACUAUUAGCCACACUAGCACUUUAAAGUGUGGUUUCAUGUAGGCUUACCUGGUGUGAAAGGGUAGAACUACUUUUGAACAAUUUACUGAUUAUAAUUAUAAUCAAGUUUUAAAUGAGAUAAGAAUAGGUAGUCCAAACUGGCA